AUGAGCUACCCAGGAUACCCUCCUCAGUCCGGUGGAUACCCACCUCAACAAGGCGGCUACCCACCUCAACAAGGCGGCUACCCCCCGCAGCAAGGUGGCUACCCCCCACAGCAAGGUGGCUACCCACCACAGCAAGGCGGCUACCCACCACAGCAAGGCGGCUACCCCCCACAGGCAGGUGGUUACCCCCCACAGCAAGGCGGAUACCCCCCCCAGCAAGGCGGAUACCCACCUCAAGCAGGCGGAUACCCCCCACAGGCAGGCGGUUACCCUCCCCAGGCCGGUGGCUACCCUGCCCAGGCCGGUGGCUACCCUGCCCCAGCUGGAGGCUUCCCUCAGGCAGGAGGAUACCAAGCACAGUCCGGAGCAGGAGGCUAUCCCUCCAUGCCUGCAGGAGGAGGUGGAGGCUGGGGUGCAGCACCAGGAGGCCAGGGAGCGCCAGGAGGGGCUCAGCAGGGAUACCCAGGGGGCCCCGCUCCAGGCCAGCCCAUGCCAAGUUACCCCGGAGCCCCCGCGACUAACCCCUCCAUGCCUGGAUAUGGAAGUGGAGUUCCGUCCAACCAGCAUGCACCGGCUGUUCAUAAAGGCUACAGGGGUUCUUUGAAAGACUUUCCAGGGGCUGAUCCACUGAGGGAUGUUGAGGUUCUGCGAAAAGCUAUGAAGGGUUUUGGCACUGAUGAGAACGCCAUCAUUGAGCUUCUGGGAAGUCGUACCAACAAGCAGAGGGUUCCAAUGGUAGCAGGCUAUAAAACAACUUAUGGAAAGGAUUUAUUCCACGAUCUGAAGUCUGAGCUCACUGGAAACUUUGAGAAACUGGUUCUUGCUAUGAUGAAGAGCCCUGCACAGUUUGAUGCAUCUGAAUGCAGAGAGGCUAUAAAGGGUGCAGGAACUGAUGAAGCCUGUCUGAUUGAGAUUCUUUCAUCACGCUCCAAUGCAGAUAUUCAUGAAAUCACCAGAAUCUACAAAGCUGAUUACGGGAAGAGCCUGGAGGACGCCAUCAGCAGCGACACCUCCGGUCACUUCCGCAGACUCCUGGUCUCUCUCUGUCAGGGAAAUCGUGAUGAAAGAGAGACUGUUGACGUCGCCCUGGCCAAACAGGACGCACAGAAAUUGUAUGCUGCUGGGGAGAAUAAAGUAGGAACUGAUGAGUCUCAGUUUAAUGCCAUCCUGUGCGCUCGCAGCAGGCCUCACCUUCGGACAGUCUUCCAGGAGUACCAGCAGAUGUGUGGGAGAGACAUUGAGAAGAGCAUCUGCAGGGAAAUGUCUGGCAAUGUGGAGUCUGGCAUGGUGGCUGUGGUGAAAUGCAUCAGGAACACCCCUGCCUACUUUGCAGAAAGGCUCCACAAGUCCAUGCAGGGAGCAGGGACCAUGGACACGACUCUCAUCCGCAUCAUGGUGUCUCGCUCUGAGAUAGACAUGUUGGACAUCAGACAGGCGUAUGUGCAGGCUUAUGGGAAAUCACUGUACACCCACAUCUCAGGUGAUACCUCUGGGGAUUACAAGAAGCUGCUGAUGAAGCUGUGCGGAGGUAACGACUAAAAGGAGAGGAAGAUCACCCUUAAUAAGGACAAAAUGUAUGUCCACACUGAAACAAUGUUAUAGGACCAUAUAUCACCUCUGAUGCAUGCAGAUGAAGUUAGUCAUUAAUACUUUUGUAUUGUCUUCAGUGUCAUAAUAGAUUAUUUUUUUGCCACUGUCUUGUAGUAGAUGAUUGCCAAAUAGUAAAUUAAUAUGAAGAAGAUUUUUUUUUUUUUAAAGAUGCAUUAGAUGGUUUUGUCAUUAUUAGGUAAAAGGUGGAGUCCUAAAGCCAAAAGCGUGUUUUUGAAAGUCUAAUACGUGAUUAAGAAAUGAACUAUAUUAUAUAACUAUACUAACUAUAUUAUAGAAUAGUAUUCAAAAUGUCCAAUAAACUGCUAAAUUGUAAUUAUAAUUAAAGAAAACCUUAUUUGGAAGUUUCAGAAACAGUAAAGUUGCAGAACAAGGCGAGUGUCUCAAUUAUCUAAUAUACAAAAAAACUACAUAUACAAGGAAAUAUUUAGCACAUUAUUACUUUUUACAUGCAUUAUUUCUGUGUUGCUGAGGUAAAGUUUACCUCCCCGCCAAGCAUUUCAAUUGUGUUCAAGUUAAUAUAUACUAUAUGAUCAUUUAAUGCUUAUUAAACUGGCCACAAUUAAAUUCCAGUUUAUUUUUGAAUGUAGGAAAUAACAAUCUGCAAAAAGGCAUCUCCUCUAUCUUUAAAGUGUUCAUGUAAACUAACCGGAGUUUUACUCCUGCUUGCAAGUCUAUGCAAAUUAGCUUUUCACUUUAUAUCAGCUUUACAAAACUAGAGUGUGUUGUUCUUGAAAUGUCGUCAUUGCUCAAUAUUGACAGAGACAACGUUGCCUUUUUUCUCCCGAAUGCUGAAAAGCCAAAGCCGAAAGACAGAUCAUUUUGUGCCUUUUUGUCGGGGCUGCCGUCGAUGUUUCACUGUGGUUUAUCUUGCAAACAAUCUAUAAUCAUACUUGCACGGCUGCAGAAAUGUAAUCAGUACGUUGUGUAGGUCUCAAUAUUUUGUUUAAUUGUAUUUUCAUAGUGUCUUUUACUAGUUUGUAUGUUUUACUGUGGAAUCAUAGUGCCAUUAAAAAAGUAUAAAUCUGUAAAAGAAUAAGAAAAUAAAAAUAUGAAUGGAAAUAUAAAGAGGAAUAAAUAAAAGAAUAAAUAAAUAAAUGGAAAUAUAAAGAUAAAUAAUAAAAUAUAAAUUAAAGAAAGCAUUUUUAUUUGUUAAUUUAUUUCCGUAUAUAUUUAUUUAAAUAUUUAAAAACAUUUAUUUAUUCAUUGCAUACAAAUUACUGUUUUUUUUAAAAUAUAAGAUAGAGUAUAUGUGCGCAUGAAUUGACAACUCAAUCUGAACAGGAAGUCCCGCCCAAAGCUCGUUGAUUGACAGCUUGGCCCUUCAACGAAUAGCAAAAGCAAUAGGGAAAAGUAAAGGGAUAAAAAUAAAUAAAUAAUAUUAAAUAAAAAUAAAUACAUCUUUUGUUUUUUCAGAAAAAAAGAGCAAUUUAUAUGCAAAAAUUAGAUAAAUAUAUA